AUGUCAGGGGACGCAGGAGGAAACGACAAUAACAAGAAUGUAACCACCAUUAAGAUAAUCUCUGCAACUUACGGUCCUUGUGAAGGACUACAGCUGUCGACAGGCGAGUCAACGAGUGACUUCAAAGCAAGCUUUCCACAUACUCGAGACGUCUCCCUCUUUCUACAAGCACUGCUAUUAAUACACGCAGCUACCCAAGCUGGUGAAGCAGCAACAUCACUAGUAGACGAAAACGCAGGUGUUAUCUCGGACCGAAAGAGAAGCUACGGGGCUGCCUUUUCCAAAACCAAAAAGCCACCUCCUGCAGCAAACACAGCCCAACCGAAUAUGAAUUUAGGUGCAAUUGAGACAGUCACAACAGCCACUCCUUUUGUCUUCUUGCUUGGAAAUGGCGGAAAACUGGCAAUGAUGAAUGCUAUUUUUGGAGAUCCUUGUCCAGGGACGUCCAAACGGCUGAAGGUUCACUAUCUUGUUUGUGAGAAUGCCGUGACUGAGAUUCAUCAUGACACUUUUGCCGAACACGAACAGGUAUUCUUGCGCCAGCGGCUCCGGUUGUUUCAAUCAUCGGACUCUCAGCUUCAAGAGGAUCAACCAUCCACUGCUAAAAACACAUCCAGCAAUAUCAAAGCUGGGAAUAGGAAUCAACAUCGUGCUACACGUGGAACUGGGGGAACCGAGCAACCACCGCUGAAUUCAAGAGACGACCGAAUCGAGCAUACCUCCCCACUGUGGACGUUACAUUCAGACACUUCGGAGAUCAUCUUGCCCUUAGUAUUACCCUUUCUCAAGCUAUCACAAAGGGUAGCAUGCCGACUGGUGUGCAAUUUAUGGAAGAGCAUUGUGAAAGAUUGGGGUGUAGCGACUACGAUUGAUUGCAACGACAAGAAUAUUGCCAACUUUUCAAGACCAUUUCUCCGAGGUAUAUUGUCGCACAGUUAUUCAAGUCUUAAAAGUCUAGUAUUGGACGGCUUUGUGUGCUUGGAAAAGGAGGAUUUGCAUCUUUCCAUUCCGCACCUUCGGAAACUCGAGUCUCUGGAUUUGUCUCGAUGCCGCAAUCUUGACAACUCCACCAUGAUUCUACUUUCCCAACACAUUCACUCGACACUACAAGUACUCUAUCUCAAGGGCCUGGAAAAGGUUUCCGAUGAAGGAGUCAUCGCCAUAUGCAACUCAUGCACCAAACUGCAAGUUCUGGAGUUGUCCUACGUCCCAAUUACGGAUAAAGCUGGACUUUCCAUUCAACACUUGCCCCAGCUUCGAGCCCUUUUCAUGAGGGACAAUUACCGUAUCACUGAUCAAAGCAUUGAUGUGAUUACUACCAAGUGCAUUCGACUGAAACAAUUGACGCUGUGGGGCUGCAUCAAACUUCGAAAUUUGCAGUUCCAUAGAUCGGGUGACAAAUUGGUGAUCCUGAACCUAUGGGGAUGCUAUAGCCUCUCUGAUGAUAUUGCGUUAUCUUUUGCCAACAUGAAUCAGCUGACGAGUCUUACUGUCAGCGAAUGCCAUCGCCUAUCGGAUCAAUUUGUGGAGCGUCUGGUGGAAUAUGUUCCGCAGCUGCGGCAUCUGCAAAUGCGAUAUUGCAAACGCCUAACUGAUCAAGGAGUCGAAACCCUAGCCUCUCGCCUUUGCAACUUGUAUACCUUGGACCUGAGCUUUUGCACCAAGUUGACGGCCGACUCUUUGUUUCAUCUGCUGAAUGUCUGUCGUGACAGCCUGUCUGAGCUACGACUCCAAAACUGCCGACAGCUGACCAUUGGCAUGCAAUUUCGUGACACGGGAACCCGUCGAGGACUCGAGAAGGUCGAAGGGAGUGAUGGGCGGUUGCUGGCGAAUGCGAUUCGAUCUCACCAUCCAAAGCACAGCCUGUCAGUUCUGGACGUCAGAGGAUGUGGGAGUCCCGAUUCUGUGUAUCGUAACAUUAUACGUGCCCAUUCCGAACAAGCUGGUGAACAGCGCAAGAAACCAUUUUGGGACAAGGAUCCAUUUGUCAUUGCCUUGAAAGGAUUGGAUUUUGAGCAGAAAGUGCCUGGCUUUUUCUCGCGUCAGCCUCGAUGGAGCAAUGUCCAGCGGCGGCUCUUGGAGCAAAUGAGUUCACCAUCCGCCAAUUCAAAUGCCAAUGUGUAA